AUGUAUAGUGAUUGUUGUGGAGGUCAGAACAAAAACAGCAUUAUUAUGGCAAUGUGUCUAUGGUUUUUAGAGAAACAUGACUCUAUUACAGUAAUAGACCAUAAAUUCAUGGUCCCCGGUCAUACCAGAAUUGAGUGCGAUUCUGAUCAUGCCAGGAUUGAAAAAGCUCGAAAAAGGUACCCAACUUCAAUAAAUCAUCCUUAUGAUUGGGCACAGUUAAUACGGUGGGCAGGAAAAGAAAAGUUUAAGGUCGAAGAUAUGAAUUAA